AUGUCACUAUUGCUCUGGUAUCUUUUUCUUUGUUCCGUGAUAGCACUCGACACAUCUAAUGAUGAUGAUAUGAUAACAUACAUUACUCUCCCUCAACACCGGGUCUUGAAAUGGAAUGUCACCUACUAUGAUCGGCCUGACUUGGAAGUUGCUCCAGGUUAUUGGUUCGUUGCACCCUACCAUCUCAAUCAGGGUGAGCCGAAAACGAAUCGAUGGACACCUUGCCAGAUUGGUCCUUAUAUCUUCGAUUACAAAGGGGACCUUGUUUGGGCUGGAUCAUGCGAAUUCAACAACCAAAAUGUCUAUGAUUUUCAAGUGGUAGACACAAUCGAUGAAAAGCCCUAUCUUACUAUGCUUGUUCAAGAGAAUUUUGCCAAUCGUGAAAGCGACGGGUCCGCCAUAAUAUACAAUAAUGAAUACAAACUCGUCCACUCAGUCCCCCGGCCAGGAGCCACAAUCGAUAACCACGAAUUCUACCUAAAAGAACCACCCAACGCCCUUCUCAUCACUCAUAAAAACGAAGACAUGACUCUAGCCGACUUUGGCCACCCAGAGCGACAAGUCAGCAUCCGAACAAACGGAUUCAUCGAGCUUGACAUCAACACAGGCAAAUACCUCUUCGAGUGGUUCUCUGGCGACCACAUCACUCUCGACGAAUCAUUUACCCUAAACCCAAAUGACCGGUUCCUAGACGUGGACUAUCUGCACAUGAACUCAGUCGACAAAAGCACAAACGGGGACUACCUCAUCUCGGCCCGCCACACAAACGCGAUCUACCUAAUCUCCAGCCAAGACGGACAAAUAAUCUGGCGACUAGGCGGCAAAAAAAGCAACUUCGAAAUGGACUUCCAAUUCACAGGCCAACACAGCGCACGAUUCGUAUCCCAGAAUAGUACACACAUCAUCAUUUCAUUCCUGGACAACGGCGCCACCUUCAUGGCCGUAAACGAACCAACCUCGUCGGCCAUGAAUCCCGCUCGAGGAAACAUGCAGACACUAUCGAAUACAAACGUGCUCGUCUCGUGGAGCUAUUACGGGUAUAUGAGCGAGUUCACGCAUGAUGGUCAGCUGCUGAUGGACGCCAGCUUCGCCAGCGAGCGGUUCAGUACUUACCGAGCUUAUAAGUUUCCCUGGCGUAGUCGGCCGGUAUACGCACCUACGCUUCUUUCGUCGUGUUACGGGGUGAAUGGGUCAGCUCUGUCGACAGUGUUCCAUGUUAGCUGGAAUGGGGCUACGGAUGUGCAACGGUGGCGGUUUUUUGCGCGGGCGAAUGCAACCGCGGUGGACAGAGAGAUUGGGGAGGUUGCAAAGAAUGGGUUUGAGAGUUCGUUCAUUGCCAGCGGUUUUAUGGAUUGGGUCUCUGUUCAGGCGUUGGACUCCGAAGGUAAUGUUCUUGGCGCUUCGGGGGUGUUAAGGACUGAGCCACCUGAGUAUUGGCCUGGGUCGGUUAGCGGGCUGGUCCCGGAUGAUCCUGCUGCUGUCUACGGUGAAGAGCCGGUCCAAUUGCCAGUUAAAUUUGGGGCAUUUUCCGGACUGUUUAUGGGCUUUGUAGCAAGUACAAUAGGGUACUUCUGCUUUCCUGUUGUUCGUCGAUUGGCGCCACUGGUGCAAUUGAGGUACUCGUGUGAUGGCACAUACGAAGAGGAGCUUGGACUUAUGAAGGAGAAGGUCUAG